AAAUGACGCAGGGGAACUAAAAGCACGAUUUAUUGAAAUGUAGUUUUCGGAAAACGCUUUCCUAUGGAAUUGACUCGUUUUUCGUAGGGCCUAUUUCUUCACUGUUAAGAUGGCUGCGUCCAAGUUCAUAUGUUUAGACUUGAGAGCGAGAGAGAGAGAGUUGCUGCAUCAAAUGGAGAAGGAAGGGGAAGGCGCCCAUUGUCUUCCAUACAAGCAUCUGCUUUCAUGCCCAUUUGGUGUUUCUCCCUCGCAGGUGUCUGUGGUUUUCCAUGAAUCGUUUGACAGGAUGUCUCAUUCAGAUCAUAGCCUGGAAAGCUCUAUUUCUGAGAUAUGGGAUCAAAGGAUUCAACAAAACACAUCAUUAUACAAUGGAAAAAAAUUUAGGUAUGGUGGAUCUGUUUUGGAUGAUGGAGGUGGUUCCAGCCAAGAGCCCCAUGUAUGCCUCCACCUUGGUCUGACCGAUUAUAGGACUUUUGUUGGGACAAAUUUAAAUCCUUCAUGGCAGAAGUUUCUUGUUGAAUCAGAAGAUGACACCAUACGUUGUCAGCACACCUCAAGCCCACUGGGUAAUGGUGCAGUUGUAGAGACAUCAGACAAAAAGAUACUUGUAUUGCAAAGGAGCAAUAAUGUUGGUGAAUUUCCUGGACACUUUGUCUUUCCAGGUGGCCAUCCAGAGCCUGAAGAAGUUGAAAUAGUGUCCCAUCAGCAUGACAAAAAUUUGACUGAUUUUGAACUCAUUAACCAGAAAGUUUCUCAAGAGAUGUUUGACAGCAUUAUUCGUGAAGUUGUUGAAGAAAUUGGAGUACCUGCUAUAUCACUUAGUACUCCAGUCUUUAUCGGUAUAUCUCGCAGGGAGUUGAAUGUUAGACCGACUGCUUUUUUCUUUAUCAAAUGUCGUCUUCAGUCAAAGGAAAUUCAACAACAUUACUGUAGGGCACAAGAUGGCUAUGAGUCAACUGAGCUUUUCACUGUAUCAGCGAGUGAUUUGGAGAAUAUGACACCUAAAAUGCCUGGCUGCCACCAUGGUGGAUUUGCUCUCUAUAAGCUGAUGAUAGAAGUUGCAAAGGAUGUCUGAUGGGAAGCUCAUGAGUGCUGCUCUAACAAGGUUGUUGGCUGUUGAAAUUAGCAUCUUAGUUUCUAUAAUGACAUGGUUUUAACAUCAUUUGAUUCUGUACAAAUUGUUCCCUAUUGGGUUGAUUCCUCAUACAAAAAAUACAGAAUCAUCUACAAGAUAUUUUAUAACUUGUUCUGUGAUUUAUUCUUAAAGCAUGCAGCCACAACAAUGCAAGUGUUUCAUUCUAUUUCUACCAUUUAAUUAAUUCCAGAAUGUGGCUCCAUCACUUCCUUUUAA